CGGCGGCAGGAAGCAGGCGGAAGCUCCUCCUGCCUUAAGCCUGUUGUUCUUGGAGGGGAGGACGCUGGACAUUUCCUCACGUAACUCCCAUCUCUGGGCCCAGCGUCUGUGCAUGGCGAAUUCCCCAGGGAACUCUACCCUGGAGGAGAUUCUGGGGCAAUAUCAACGGAGUCUCCGGGAACGUGCCAAUAGAAGCAUUCACCAACUGAAAGGUGCCCUAAAAGAAGGUGAUGUCACCAUUGGAGAGGAUACACUGGAUCCUUCUUGUACCGCCAGUAUGGGAAAUGAGGGCCCUGAGAUGGCCUGGCAUGAACUACAACACAGCCAUGCUGUUAAUCAGCUCAAAGCUUUGUUGCGCCAACAAGCAACUAAGGAAAGUGAGGUAUCUCCAUCAGGAAGGCGGAAAAUGUCCCCUUUGGAGUCAUCAGAACAUGAGGAAACCAAUAUGCCUACUGUGCACAACCUUGUUCCUAUUAUUAAUGACCAGUCUCAAUAUAUUCAUCAUUUAGAGGCCGAAGUCAAGUUCUGCAAGGAGGAACUCUCUGGAAUGAAAAAUAGAGUACAAGUAGUUGUGCUUGAAAAUGAAAGGCUCCAGCAACAGCUGAAAUCUCAAAUACAAGAGGAAACAAUGAGGGAACAAACACUUCCGGAUGCAUCUGGAAACAUGCAGAAUUCUUGGAUUUUAACAGCUGAAGAUUCUGAAGUGGAGGAAGCUGCCAAGAAACCAUUUUCCCACGGCAAUGCAGAUAUUGGCAAAGAUGUAUCUGCUGGUGAAGCUGAAAAAUGGAAGCUAGAACUGGAGAGGUUAAAACUUAUCUAUGAGGAAAAGAGUGAAAUCCUGGAAUCUCAAUUGAAGUUUUUGAGGAAAGAUUUAGCUGAAUAUCAGAAAACUUGUGAAGAUCUUAAAGAGCGACUAAAGCAUAAAGAAUCUCUUCUUGCUGCUAAUAUUUCUAACCGUGUUGGCGGUCUUUGUUUGAAAUGUGCUCAGCAUGAAGCUGUUCUUUCCCAAACCCACAGUGAUGUUCACAUGCAGACCAUUGAAAGAUUGACUAAAGAAAGAGAUGACUUGAUGUCUGUACUAGUUUCCAUAAGAAGCAGCUUGGCAGAUGUGCAGCAAAGAGAAGCAAGUGCUUACGAACAGGUGAAACAAGCUGUGCAGAUGACUGAGGAAGCCAAUUUUGAAAAAACCAAGGCUUUAAUCCAGUGUGAGCAGUUGAAGAGUGAGCUGGAGAGGCAGAGAGAGCGACUUGAAAAAGAACUCGCAUCUCAGCAAGAGAAAAGGGCCUUUGCAAAAGAGAUGAUGAGAAAAGAAAUAACAAAAGAAAGGGAGGACAUGGGAUCAAAGAUGUUGAUCCUGUCUGAGAAUAUUGCCCAGCUGGAGGCCCAGGUGGAAAAAGUUACAAGGGAGAAGAUUUCAGCUAUUAAUCAACUAGAGGAAAUUCAAAAACAGCUUGCUUCUCAGGAAAUGGAUGUCUCAAAGGUGUGUGGAGAAAUGCGCUACCAGCUGAAUAAAACCCAAAUGGAGAAAGAUGAGGCAGAAAAGGAGCACAGAGAGUACAGAGCAAAAACUAACAGGGAUCUUGAAAUUAAAGAUCAGGAAAUAGAGAAAUUGAGAAUGGAACUGAGUGAAAGCAAGCAGCACUUGGAACAGGAGCAGCAGAAGGCAGCCCGGGCCAGAGAGGAGUGCCUGAAACUAACAGAACUGCUGGGCGAAUCUGAGCACCAACUGCACCUCACCAGACUGGAAAAAGAUAGCAUUCAGCAGAGCUUUAGCAACGAAGCAAAGGCCCAAGCCCUUCAGGCCCAGCAAAGAGAGCAGGAGCUGACACAGAAGAUACAGCAAAUGGAGGCCCAGCAUGACAAAACUGAAAAUGAACAGUAUUCAUUGCUGCUCUCCCAGAAUACAUUUUUGACAAAAUUAAAAGAAGAAUGCUGUAUGUUAGCCAAGAAACUGGAGCAAAUCUCUCAAAAAAGCAGAUCUGAAAUAGCUCAGCUCAGUCAAGAAAAAAUGUAUACAUAUGACAAACUGGAAAAGUUACGGAGAAGAAAUGAAGAAUUGGAGCAACAGUGUGUCCAGCAUGGGCGAGUACAUGAGACGAUGAAGCAAAGGCUAAGGCAGCUGGAUAAACACAGCCAGGCCACGGCCCAGCAGCUGGUGCAGCUCCUCAACAAGCAGAACGAGCUUCUCCUGGAAAGACAGAGCCUGUCGGAAGAGGUGGACCGUCUGCGAACCCAGUUACCCAGCAUGCCACAAUCUGAUUGCUGACCUGGAUGGAACAGAGUGAAAUAAAUGAUUUACAAAGAGAUAUUUACAUUCAUCUGAUUUAUACUUGAUAUGCCACAAUGCACCGCGACCUUCCCAGGGUGACACCACCUCAGACUGCAGUGGGGCUGUUCCUCAUCUCCACAUGCGUCGUCCCGGCACCAAGGACGGGCUGGAGCUGAAGUCUGACACUAGAUGAGGAGAGCUCCUGGUGUAUGUUUUCAGAAAUGGCUUGAAGUUACUAUGUUUUUAAAUCUGCUCAUUUGUAUGCUAGGUGGUACAUAUGAAUUUCAAUAAAUGAAGUUUUUAAAGAC